AACUUUCAGGUAGUUCUUCUUUAUUCAGGGAAUAAAUUUGUUAGAAGCAGAAGGUGGAAAGAAUGUCGGUGCCAGAUCCGGACGAGGCGAUGGAUGCCCAUGUAGAAGAACCCAUAGACGAUACCGAUUUCGAUCUGAACAAUGCAAAUGAAGUUGAUGAUGAAUUUGUUGGUCAACCCACAGUUUCACCCGUACUUCCUGGAGAAAAUGGUAGCGCUCUCCAGAAAAUUCCUUUUGUACCGACUCUCGCUCAGAACGUUGUUAAUUCCAUACCGUUUGAUUUGGAAGCAGUUCGAACUAGUUAUACAGGUUAUGCAUUGAUUAAUCGUUUGUUGUUCAUAGCCGACACUUGUCCUCCAUUGCAAAAAGAUUCAUUAGUUAUGCUUAUCAACUAUACUGUUGAGCAUACUUCAAAUGUACAAGUGUAUCUAGCAGCUCAUCAUCGUUUAAAUGCAUUGCGUACAGCACCCCUUGAAUUACACUCAGUUAGUGUUUCCACAGAUAUGAAUACUGUUGAUGAUUUACCCCGCGUGAAUUCACAGUGGAUGGAUGCAACUACAGCAAAAUCACAGGCUCGUUUGGACAUGCUUGCAGUUGAAUUCAAAAGGCAGAAGGAGGAAGGUGUUAAGGAGUCUACGAGGCGCACUAUGCGUGAUCUUUUUGAGCAGCAGAUCGCCAUGGGGCAACUGCAAGAAGCUGCUAAGCUAUAUGGUCGUGGGAUACGAGAAUAUUGCACUUCACCAAAACAUAUCAUUGAGAUGCUGAUGAGUUGGAUAGAAGUGACGAUAUAUCUUAAUCACUGGCAUCGUGUGGAGCCUCUCCUUACGCAGGUUGAAAGAGCUCUGAUUGAAGCAAUGGAAGUGGAAAAUGUGGCGGCAACAUCAACGAGUCGGCCUGGUCGUUUGGCAGCAAAUUCAACUUAUGCAGCCACUAGGAAUAUGAAAGAAAUAAUUGAUACUGCAAAAGCUAAAGUUGGAGCAGUUGCUGCUUUAAAUUACCUUAACAUGAGAAAUUACAGACUAGUGGCCGAGAAAUGUUUGAAGAUUGAAUUUGAUUAUUUUGAUUAUCCAGCUUUGUUGGCCGCUAAAGAUGUUGUUAUGUUCGGUACUAUUUGUGCAUUAGCAACUUUUAGCCGAUCAGAAUUGAAAGAAAAAGUCUUAGGAAGCUUAAUAUUCCGGAAAUUCCUCGAAGCGGAGCCAAAACUUAUUGAAUUACUGGAAAAAUUUGUAAAAAGUCAAUUUGGAAUUUGUUUUGAUAUUUUGGAAGAGAUUCGUGAUCAACUUCUUUUAAAUAUGCAUCUUUGGUCACAUGUAAAGGAACUCUAUUAUUUAAUUCGGCGACGAGCCAUUGUACAGUAUUUCACACCGUAUAAAGCUGCUAAUAUGGAUAAAAUGGCUAUUAUUUUUCGUGUUCAUGUUAGCGAGCUGGAAAAUGAGCUUGUUAAAUUAAUUGCGAAAAACGAAAUAUCUGCUAGAAUCGACUCAUCUUGUAAAAAGUUGUACGCGAAAAUCGAAAACCAAGUUACGACUACUUACAAUGAGCUUAUAGAAGUUAGUGAUGCUAUGCAUCGUAACAUUUUGGAUAUCUUACUACGGGCCGCACUUCAUCAAGCUCAAAUAAUAGUUGGACAAUCGGAAAAUGGUGCACGUAAUAGACGCCGUCCUCUACAGGCAUCUUCCGCAACCGAUGAAUUGUCGGAACGUAAAAUAUGUGCCGGUAACACAAGCGAUAGUACAGCAAGCUGCUCAACAAGUCAACUACCAGGACCUACUAGAAGUUUGAUGUCACGUAUUUUUGGUUCUGCCCGCGUUACCUUCAGUCCGAUCAAUUCAUCACAAGCUGCGGAAGCAGAUAGUUCAGAUGAAGUACCCAAGACUAGUCCACUGAGAAGAGAAAGCAUGGACGUUGCACCUGCAAUGGAAAAGUUACUCCCUGAGGCAUCCUCUUCAGUAAUUGCUGGUAAUGAGAAUCCUCAGGAAGUAAUCGUGCAACGGCAUUCAGGUGAUCAACAAGCCCCUUCAUUUCUGAAAGACGCUGUUUCUGAUGUUGAUGGUUGUGAUAGAGUCGAUGAAUGACUUUAUUUUAAAAUUUAAUUCAACUUUUUUUUCAUUACGUCGUUUCAUUAAGUAAUGGAUAUCGUUUUAUGUGAAAUAAAU